AUGGUCACGGCCAUUUCCCGUUUCUUCAGCACCGCGAUGGCCUCUCAGCCAGCUCAUGUUUUGGCCACGUCCGCGAGCAACACAGAGAACGAACCCGCACCGAUUACUGCUGACAUCUUCGCCGAUCUGCUGCACUACUUCAAGUACGCGUCGUCAGCCUAUAGCCCCGUCUGCCUUCGACCGAACGGAAACGCCCUCGUCCUUCAAUUUGGGAACCAGCUCAGCGACAUCCAGGGCUUCAUUGCGCGGGAUGACCAUCGGAAGGAGCUUGUGGUGGCGCUGCGUGGAAGCGCCUCAAUAACCGAUAUACUACUCGACGCCGCCAUUGUCCUUGUCCCCUUCCUAACUCCCGGCGUCAAGCUCCCUGCUGGGGCCCGUGUCCAUGCGGGUUUCCUCACGGCAUGGGAUACUGUGGCUCCACAAAUCACCGCUGCAUUGGCAGUGCAACGUCAGCUUCAUCCGGGACAUCGUCUCGUCACAGUUGGGCAUUCUCUCGGUGGGGCCCUUGCGACGCUCGCGGCAGUCUCGCUACUGCAGUUAUUUACGGCGUCACCGAUAUUAGACCAGACGAGGACGUAUUCAUACGGGGCACCAAGGGCAGGUAAUACCGUCUUCGCAGAUUGGGUCAAUGAGGAAAUGGGCUCGAGGGCUUUCCGGGUUGUACACGCAGAUGAUGGUGUGCCGACCAUGAUACCGACUUCACUGGGGUAUCACCACCAUGGUAAUGGAUCGAAUACUGGCUCCACGCUGACCCUCCUGACCCCAAGAACACUAUCCGCUGUUGCGCCUCCGGCGAAGACCCCUGCUGUUCUGCGAGUAUCCCUUCCGGGGGAGUAACACCGGCACAUACUACUGUUUGUGGUCUUGAUCGUCUAUAUGAACUGAAUUUAAACUAUUUCUUAGUAUCUUGGUAUUACAGUUGGGACACCGUUCUGCAUCUGA